AUGAUGGAUAUCGUCGACGAACUCGUUAUUCAACCUUUCCGCGAGGUGGUCGAAAAGGGAAAGCAGGCUGUAGCGAAUGCGAAUGCGAAUGCGAAUGCGAAUGCGCGAGACUGCCGCCAAGACAUGAUCAAAGAAGCAGAGCGCCUCGUCAAAGUUGGCGAGAGAGGACUUUCACGCAUCGAAACAAGCUGCAGGAAGCUACACAACGAAUACGGCAAUGCUUUCAUUAUCGCGCUCAAGGAAAACGAUGAGAUAACCGAGUGUCGGAAACAGCUCACCGAUUUGCUAUGGGAUUUCGAGGAUUAUAUAGACCCCGACACCUUUGACGCAGUCAAGUUUCAAGAGCUGCAGGCUCUGAAUCGCGAGGCCGCGCCCAAGGUAUAUAAUCUUUUAAUCACCAUGAAACUCGAAGCGUCCAGUCUACUUUACUCCCAGCUAUCGCCUCCCUCCUCUCCGCACCCAUCAACUCUUUCUCCAAUCCAGCCAACCCCGCAACAUUCUUUUCCUUUGAUCCCAUCACCACAAGCAUCAAUGGCGGCAUUUCACACCGAUGCUCCAUCCGUGGUGGAGCAUCCAGAAGUCAAGGACGCUACAACGGAAUUGCUUCGCUUGAUAUCAAGCAGCCAACUCUCCGAAAUGGAAAGCCACGUGCCACAAGUCACCUUGAGUGCCGGAGAGCAACAAGACAUGAUAGCCUCUCCCUCUGAGCAGCCUAUACCAGCACCUCCGCGACCGCCCUCAGCAGAUGCGUGGGAUCCCCACGCCUCGCAUUACCUUGACGACGGAAAAUGGGACGAUCAAAGCCUAGUUGAUCAGAGGUCAACGAUAUUCAGAUCCGAGUCGCCCGUCGACCCAGCCCUUUCUCCAGUUUGUUCUAUUAGCCCGCAGGGUCAGCUGCGAGGCUCAGAGCAAUCCUUUGCAAGUGUGGUGGGAAUGUCCGAUAAUGAUACUGAAGAUUACAGCGACUACCGACACUCCGGGUCUAGCACGCAGUCGAGUUUUUCAACUGCCACCAGUAUUGCAACCUCCCGUUCAAAACUAUCCACACUGUCUCCAACCAUUCCUGAAGAGGGUAUCCUGUCAAUGAGUCACGGGCCACGUUAUAAUAUCCAACCACUACAACUGCGGCCUUUUCUUCCACCCCUUGGAAGGAGAGUUCCCAGCGGCUCGGUCACCAGACGAGUCGAAGAUAUGGGUCGACAAUAUGAAGCUCUGAGAAAACCCCCAAGUGCGCCUCUCCCAUCCCCGCCACCUUCUCGCCAUUAUGGCGGUGUAAAGAACAGUCCGACUCUUAGUCCUCGUUCUGGAACUAGUAUACCUAGGGGCUCUCCGGGGCUUGACGCAGCUUCGAAACUGCCCAAGGCUGAGAUGGAGUCUGGAUUAAUUCCAGUCGAGCCGGAAGCCGUGAGCGCUGAAGCUCAAGUCAUUCUCUCCAAAAAAGACUGCACUAUUGGGCCGAGCAGCACCUUUUUCAAGUACAAAGGAUUUUGUGAAGGUGCCAAAGAGGUCGUCAGGGGUGAAAUUGGAGUAAAGAAGACAAAGAGGCCUGGAUUUUCCACAGCCACCACCGUGGCGAAAUGCACAGGCUGCUUGUUCGAGCUUGAUUUUUCUCAAAUCGAGGCCGACGUCAACAAGGAAGACAAGGGCAACUUUUACAAAAGUGGCAUCAACUACCGCCUGCGGUUUCUGCAGAAGAGUCAUUUAGCUGCCAGGCGAGUUGAUGAUGUCUUGUACGCGUGCGUGUUUUGCGUGCGGGCAGGCCGUACUGUAGAUGAGAGCGAUGCCACGGUCUUUACCAACUCAAAGGCUCUUUUCCAUCACUUGUCUCACCAUCCAAGGCCGCUGCCCGAGGUCCCUGGCAUCGCCGUCCUGGACGGAGGCAGCAUCCCUGCGCAUCUGAGGAACGACUACGAUAUUCACUUUCUGGAGCCACCCGCAGCCCAUGCUGCGCAGCUGAACGUGUCGCAAAUCGUUGGGAAGGCCACGGGCGUUGCCAAGGACCAAUCGCGAAAACUGUAUGGCCAACGUCUCUUGUUCGACAGAAGCCCCGCCUUGGAGCUCUGCCACGGCGCCAAGUUGACGGGAAUAGAUUGGCCCGAGAAGCACAAGGGCGAAUGGAUCUUUGCAUGGCAUGACGGCGUCUACGCAUCCGCGCCCGCCGACAUCAUCAAGCUCGACCCACCUGCCCCCGAAGACAUCAAGAUGGGAGGCAGCAGCAUAGUUCGCGCCAAGGCUAGGUGGAAGUUCCAACAAAAGGACAAAGAGAAAGACAAGAGCCUGUGGUUGAAGUUUGACAAGAACGAGGCCAUCACCAACAUCAGCUACCCCUACCCGGAGUUUUGGUGCUGGUCUGGCACCAACGCGAAGGGCAAAUGGGGCAUUUUCCCCAAGGCUUUCCUGGAACCAUGCACGAUUCAGGAACUCAAGACUGAAGGCUCAGACCGUGCCUCCACUCUGUCCAGCGAAAAGAACAAGCCGUCCUCGGUGCUGUCCAAGUUUUCGUCUUCCAAAAAACGGGUACCCGGCCGACCACCCAGCAUCGCGGAGUCGACGAGCAGCCGUGAAACACUGGCAAGUCAGUACAGCUCUAGCUUCUCAAGGGGUAACUUUAUAUGA